AUGAGCAGACGACUCCGCUCACCCCUUUCCAUAUCCCAAAGAAAGCUUAAUCAAAAACUUGUUAACAGAACCACUUUCCACGCAGCACGUGAACAACAGCAACAACGACAGAGAAAACACUAUGACCGCACUGCUAACUCUCUGCCUCCAUUAGAAAAAGGUGAUACAGUGAGAUUUAAGAAAGAUCUUCAAGCAGCAUGCAUGAACCCGUGGGACGGUGAUACGAAAGCACGAAGCACCACGAAGCUACGUAAUAAAGAGUGAGAACGGUACGGAAUGUCGACGGAAUCGCAGACAUCUACGAAAGACUAGAGAACAUCAAGCUGACCUAGACACAUCGGAUAUUGACGAUCCCCAAGACCCGAUCCCACAACCAACAACCAAUGCAGAAAGAAACAGCAUCCAAAUCCCAAUAGCGCCAAACCCACCCCAACUGAAAACAAGCCGUUAUGGCAGACGGAUAAACCAGAAUCCGAACUACAAGACGUGA